AAAAAUUCCGUUCUUUCAUUUUUCUACAUUUUACCCUUCAUUUCACCAUGAUGCAAUGGUACAGUAUGGCGGAAAUAUGAUAUGAUGAAAAGUUUUACUUGAAGUUGGGUUGAAUCCUUGAAAGUCAGAAUGGAGGAGCAAAAUAACCCAGGAGGUGCCGAGGCUAUGGAAGCUGAACAAAAGCAACUCAGCAGAAAGGAACGAAAGAAGGAAAAGAAAGCUAAGAAACAGAAGGGCAAGGAAGGAGAGGGGGGAGGUGAAAGGUCACAAGAGGCCAUGACCCAGGGUCAUGGAGGUCAAGGAUCAAGUUCAGGAGGUCAAGAUGUAACAAAACCACAGAAGAGUAAAGCUGAGCUGAAAGCAGAGAGAAGAGCUAAACAGGAGGCAGAGAGGGCAGCCAAGAUGGCGAAAAAAGGAGGAGAGGGGGGAGGUAAGGACGCAGGGGCGGUCCAGAAACCUCGGACGGGCAGCGACAGCAACAUCCCGUCCUCGCCAUCCAUGCAAGUCACUAAAAAGGAGGCGCCGAGAGUGCGGGCAAACGUGUUGGUGGACGACCCCAACGUUCAGAAGAAGGUGGCCAAACGACUGGAGACACAAAGGGUACCACAGAGACCAGUCACCCAGAAAAAAGUCGGGCUGUUCUCACAUCUCCAUCAGUAUGAGAGAGAUGCCUCCCUCACCAAGAACAUCAGUUUUUCUCCCGGAGGAAUCCACAGUGCUAUAUUGAAGCUAGGACUCCAGUAUGCUAAUGGGAUCAUCUGUGGGUCCAACUCCAGAUGUCUGGCUCUGCUGGUAGCUUUUAAAAAGGUGAUAGCAGACUACACCACACCCACAGAUAAGGAUCUCUCCAGGGACUUAGAUACUAAGAUCAAGCCUUAUAUUAGCUUCCUGACUCAGUGUCGCCCCCUGUCUGUUAGCAUGGGAAAUGCAAUCAAGUACAUCAAAUUUCAGAUAAACCAUUCUCCUAAUGACAUCCCAGAAGCUGAGGCGAAGAAGCAGUUACAAGAGAGUAUCGACCUGUUUAUCAAGGAAAAGAUCCUACUAGCAGGAGAGGCCAUCUCUAAAACCUACACCCUGUCUAAAAUACAUGAUGGGGACGUCAUUCUGGUCUACGGCUAUUCCUCCCUGAUUAAGAAGGUCCUGUGCGAUGCCCAUGACAGUGGGAAGAAGUUCAGUGUCGUGGUCGUUGACGGUCGUCCCAAGUUCGAGGGCAAGGAGAUGUUGAGAAGACUGGUACAACACGGCAUCAAGUGCACCUAUGUACUCAUCAAUGCUGUAUCUUACAUCAUGCAAGAGGUAUCCAAAGUGCUCCUCGGAGCUCACGCCUUACUCGCCAACGGUUUUGUCAUGGGAAGGGUGGGGACGUCCUUGGUUGCCAUGACGGCAAAGGCGUGUAACGUUCCCGUGCUGGUGUGCUGCGAAACGUACAAGUUCUGUGAGCGCGUACAGACGGAUUCCUUCGUGUUUAAUGAGCUAGGUGACCCUGAUGACCUGGUGCCCCUAAGAAGACAGCAACACCUUAACAACUGGCGCCAACUGGACUCGCUCAAUCUGCUAAACCUGGUGUACGACAUCACGCCGUCAAACUUCAUCGCCAUGGUGAUCACGGAAGUCGGGAUGAUCCCGUGCACGUCCGUUCCCGUCAUCCUUCGCGUGAAGAGCUCCGAAGUGUCCGACGACCAAUGAUAGCUUGACGGCGUCAGUAGCAAACGUUUAGGGCCAUUUUAUAUUUAAUGUCUUAAAACAGCUACAUGUAUUGUAUGUUUAUGUUAUACCUGGGCAGUUAAAACUUUUAAUACGCUUAUACCAAACCGGGAAAUAACUUUGGUUAGUACAGAUUUUGGGUACCAUGGGAUCUUUAUGUCUUAAUCACGCAUUGAUGAUAGAGAGCAAAUAAAGUUUCUUCAAGUUGGUGAAAAA